AUGAGUUCAUCAUCUAUGAAAUAUCAAGAUGGGUUUAGUGCAUCAACCAAAGAGAUUGCAUCACUCAAACCUUUGAUAUCUGCAUUCUUACAAAAGGCAAUAGGUAGCAGUAAACUAGAAUCAGUUGAACCUAUCAUCAUUGAAUGUUUAGAUCGUAAAUUGGAAUUGGUUGAUAUUAAAAAUGUACUAGAUAAACAUUUAAAUAAAGAAUCAUCCAUUAGAUUAUUAGAUUUAAUAGUUGAUGAUGUUAAUCAACAAAGACAACAAAAUAAAAGAAAGCAUGAACAUGGUGAUGAUAAUGAUUCACAUAAUAGUAGUAACAAUAGAAAUGGACAUGGUAAUGGUUCAUCGUCAUCAAGAAAUAAUAGUAGUAAUAAUAAUAAUAAUAAUGGGUCAAUGGAUGAAGAUUAUAAAAAGAGAGUAAAGGUUGAUCAAAUGGAUGAUUCAUCAUCUUCAAAAAGACGAUCAUCAGAUCGUGAUAGAAGACCGUCGUCAUCGUCAUCGUCGUAUGAUGAUCGAGAUUAUGGAAGAGAUAGAGAUAGAGAUAGAGACAGAGACCGUGAUAGAGACUAUGGAAGAGACAGCAAACGAUACGAUGAUAGAGACUAUGGAAGAGACAGAGACUAUGCAAGAGGAGACAGAUAUUCGUCGUCGUCGUCGUCAUCAAGAUCACAUUAUGAAGAUUCUAGAGACAUCCGGGCCGGGAGGGGUGACCGGGGGGAUAGAUAUUAUGAUCGAGAUGGGAGAGAUGGAGGAAGCAAUGGAGGAAGAUACAGAGAUGAUGGUGGCAGGAACUCCACCUCCUCCUCUCAGAGCUCUUCAACCCAUGAUUCAAGAAGCUCCAACAGGAAUCAUGAUCAACCAUCCUCCUCAUCCUCAACCACCAACACCACCAGCACAACCACCAAUUCAACGUCCUCCUCCACCUCCUCCAACAGCAUUCAAAAGGUUCCUACCUCCUCCACAGUAUCACCGUUAACAUCUUCACCAAUCAUUAAAUCUACUCUAGAUCAACCAACCUCUUCUACUACAUCUACAUCCGCUACUCCAGCUGCUGCAACAGCAUCAACAACAAUGGAUAAAAUUCAAAGUUUAAAAGCUAGAUUAGAAGCAAGAAAAGUUGAACUUUUAGAAAAACAAACCAACAACAAUGCUUUGGCAUCUCCUCCCUCUCUUUUUACUCCAAAUAUCAUUUCACCACCUGUACAGGUAACAACUCCGAUUGUUUCAACUCCACCAACAACAACGAUGGAAACAAAAGAAGACACAAACAUGGUAAUAGAUGAAGUGAAGAAAUCAUCUCCUUUUUCAGAAGAAAAGAUGUUUUUCGAUCCAAGAUUAGUACCAAAGGAAAAGAAAAAGAAAACAAUAGAGUCAUUCAAUUUAAUGACCAAACCAGGAAAGUUUACUAAAAAGGCAGAUAAAAUACGUAUGGAACAAUUGCAAGAGGAACUUUCUAAAAAGGAUAUCACUACACAGAGUGUAGUCACCAAGACCAAUAUAGUGGUUGACGAAGUACCAGAUAUAGAAUGGUGGGAUCGUGACAUUUUAGAUGAAUCAUGUCAAUCUUAUGAUCAAUUCCUUCAAAGUGACAGUCAAUCAACUACUUCAACAACUACAACUACUUCAACUACUUCUUCAAUGGAUACAACACAAGAUGAUAAUGUUAAUAAUAUGGUUAUCAAGAAUCAAAAUUAUUUAAUCGAAAAUGAUCAAUGGUAUUAUGUAGAGCAUCCAGUGGUUGUGUAUGCACCGGCACCCAAUGCACCACCAUUAAAGUUGAAUAUUGUGCCACCACUCAAAGAAAGAAAAAAGAUGAGAAAGAAACUCAGACGUGAAGCAUCCAACGAACGAAGAGAGAGAAUAGCAGCGGGUCUCGAGAAGGCACCUCCCAACAAGGUCAAAAUGUCGACCGUCAUGCGUGUACUCACCACACAAGCCGUGCUCGAUCCCACCAAAGUCAUUGAAGAGGUGCGAUCGCAGUACGAGGAACGUCACCAAAUACACGUGCAGCGAAAUGAAGACAACAAGCUGACACCCGAACAACAACGUGAAAAGAAGGAGCAAAAGGCGUUGGUCGACGCUGCCCGUGGAUUGACAUGCACCAUCUUUAGAGUGGGCGAUCUGUCACAUCCACUCAAUCGUGCCAAAGUAUCGAAAAUGGCCGAGAAGCUGUGUGGCAGUGGUUGUGCCAUCAUCUGUGCACAAAUGUGUCUGGUCAUCAUCGAAGCUGGUGCAAAGUCACUCAAAAAAUACUCCAAGUUGAUGACACAUCGUAUUGAUUGGGCCAAUAUGCCACCCGUCACAUCUGAUCGUUCCGAUCCCAACGGUCUCUACAAAGAAAUUCUCACACAACGUAGACAAUAUUAUAAACAACAAGCAGGUGUUAAAUCAAUGCAAAUUGAAGGACAAGAAAGUGGAGGAGACUCAACAGGAGAAGAAGAUGAUAAAUACAUUCCAAUCAAUUCAUGUCAAAAGGUUUGGGAAGGACCCAUACCAAAAAACAACUUUUCAAUCAAUUCAAGAUUCCAUUUUGAAAUUUGUACAAGUGAAGCUCAAGCAAGAAAAUAUUUAACUGAUCAUCAUGUUCCUCAUUUUUGGGAUAUUGCUAAAAAUUAUAUUGAUUCAAUAUAA